AUGGCUGAAGCAGAGUCUCUUUUCCAUGGUGGCGCCACCUUGCCCAUUGAGGGAGUCAAGGUGAAAGCUCUUUCAUCUGAUCAAGAUCCGGCUCCAUAUCCAGCACCAAAGGUGGGGUCGAAGGAUGAUCAAAGCGGGGCCAAAGCGUGUCACUUUUUUGUCAGUGAUGGAGGAUGUAAGAAGGGUAAACAAUGUACGUUUCAACAUGUUUGGGGCAAUGUGAACAAAUAUGGUCGUUGCUGGAACUGUGGGUCAAACCAACAUCGACGUGAGAAUUGUCCUGUUGCUGAUCAACAAACAAAGGAUUCAGCUUUGAAGGACAACGGAACCCAAAAACCCAGUGUUAAGAAACAGAAAAAGCCUGCUGUCAAGAAGGCCGAGGGUGGAUCUACCCAGGCCAAAGAAGAUUCUGGCGCUCAGGAUGCUGCUCCCAAGAUUGAGGAGGCCACGACCUCGAAUGCUCCUGCGUCGUCUCAUGAGGCAUCCUCCCAGGAUCAAGUUGCUGGUCUUCUAGUAGAGGCUACUCACUUGCUUCGGUCUAUGAGGCCGUCUUUGAAGGCUGUGAAGUUGAGUUCGUUGCCUGCGGAUCGAUGUGGUCGUGCGUUGCUCGAUGGAGGAGCAACUCAUGCUCUUCGAACUGCGGUCUCUAAGGAAGAGUUCGACUCAGCAGUGCCUGUCCGUGUGGAGUUGGCUGCUGGAGAAGUUGUUCUUCGUCAGCUUCCGGGCUCUGAAGUUCUCAUCUCUGAAGAGGCCACCCAGACGAUUGUGCCUCUUGGCAAGUUGAUGCUCUUAGGCUACUCCGUGUCAUGGGAUGUGGAUGGCUUCACUUUGAAAUCACCAUCCGGUGUAGUGAUUGACACUCAACUUGAAGGUGAUUGUCCGACGGUAGAUGAGUCCAUCGCUCUUGAGUUGAUUGCGGAGCUUGAGGUCUAUAUGCUGGAGUCUGAACGACGUUUGAAGGUCCUUCGAGGUGAAGAUGUCAAUGGCUUUGACAGUGAUUUGCUGCGAUGGUAUGUCUGGCUCUAUGCCCUUGCUCAGGACAGUCGUGAUGCCAAGGUUGGUUUUCUCAAGGAGUCACCGGAAGACCCGGAAACCUACAAGAAGGAUGAUGAUCCAGUUGAAUAUCCUUCUUUUUUCUCUUGGCCCGAAUGGAGUUCCUUGAAGUCGAAGUACAACCUCUUUGAAGUGUCUUUUGAUCAGGGUCCCUUUGGCCAUGAGACCAAGAAGCCGACGCGCUUAGGCACAAAUCUUGGACUUCUUCGAGAAUUACACGGUGUCCGUGGCCCUGGCACUGGUGUCCAAGAUGAUGGUGCUACCAUUGAGCAGCGCAUCCAGCGUUCAAGAAGGUGGGCAGCUUGGGCCCCGCAGUUAAAGCUCAAAAUCCUGGAGGCGGUGGUCGCAGAGUUCAAGGUGCCUCUUGUCAAGAAGCUCUCUGAGGCCCAGUGGCAACAACACCGAGCCAAUGACCAUCAGCCGUUUUCUUCUGAAUGCUUUGAUUGUCAGGUUGGGGGAGGUAGACACAAACCUCAUCUCAAGAUUCACAAUCCUGACACCUACACCUUGUCCGUCGAUGUUUGCGGUCCCUUCCAACAAGGAAAUGAUCAGCUGAUCUCUAAGGCGAAGUAUGCUCUUGUGGGCGUCUUCACAGUUCCCAUUUCCGAGGAAGGUCAGAAGCUUUGUCCAACGCCUUGGGACUUCAUUCAAAUCAUCGAGAAGGAUGCCGAGGAGCCAUCACCUGAGGCUCCAUUCAGAAGACCUUCGGACUCUGAAGAUGUACCUUUCUUCCCGGAGAUCGAGCAUCUCUCGGCUGAGGAGUGUGCUGAGGGGGCGCUCUCUCCGGAUGCCCGGCCAGAGCCGGAUGGAGGUGAGGCUGAGAUUGAGGAAGAAG